AUGGCAGCUCUUAAAUUUGAACAAGGCGUCAAAUCCGCGAGUUCCAAGCGUACAGCCGAGGCCGGAAUUCUUCCAACCUGUCCAGGCCAGGUCUGCAUUGGGGUAGUCACAGCGGUUGACAAAGACGGUGCCCGCAUGGAGCUGCUCGAUGAGCUCCUCGCCACAGGAAUUAUCGCGCGUCCAAACGCUGGCGGUCAGGCCGUAAUCACUUUCGUUGAUGAGGCAGACCGCUUUGUCGUUGCUGGCCACCUAGGCGACUGGAGUCACAGCGCCGAACGUCUCGUCCCUCAUGACCGCCAUUUCAAACUUGCCAUACACGUCGGCAUGGACGCGGAUGCGUUCGACGGCGCAGCAGCUUUGGUUUGUGUUGAAAACCGCAACGUCGACCAGCUGGGAGGCGACGUACUCAAGUUCGGCGUCCACACGGACGUAGGCGGCGUUGUUACCACCCAACUUCAGGCCGGGCCUUUUCGAUGCCGGUGGCCGGCUGCUCGACCACCACUUGGUUUAUGCACGGGGAAUUGA